UGAAUGCGGAAGUUUGUCCAGGGGGGCUGAAAAUGGUUUUUUUUGAGAUGCUAGUAUUAAUCAGCGACAAAAACUACAUCAGACUGGUGAAUAUGAGCUUGAUCUGAGAGGGGUCCGAUUUUGCUUCUUAUCGACCCCCGUCCUUUAACAGAAGAGGAAAAAACGUUCAUGAAAAACUAUGACAAAUAUCGAACAUUUGCAGAGCAAAUUAAUUACAAUUCUAGAGAUUAUUGUGUUGCCUAUAUGCAAUGUAAAGUCGAGUAUUAUGCAAAGACUUCCAGCAGGGUGCAAAAUAGAAAAGAAGUAGAAGAGCGUGCUGCUGAUGUUAGAAAUAAUAAACCUGCUACUAUGGCCGAAAUAAGCCUCAUGAUGGAAAAAUAUGACAUUAAGCUAAAAUAGUUAAUGAUGCAAAUUAUCAGAGAACACAAGAAGAAAUAGAUAAUGGUGUUGAAGUUAUAUGUGUAGAAAAAGGCGGUAAAGAUGACAAAAAUGCUGAUCAAGUUCGACACGCUUAUGACGUAGAUGCAGAUGGAAACCGCUUUGAUGUCGAACCUAAGCCAAACGAUUGUUUUUAUAGAGCUUUUAGUAAAAUAUUAGAAAGACAAAAAGGUAUAAAGAAAUCUAUACAGGAUAUUCGUAACGAAUUAGCUGAUGAUAUCGAAACAAAUGGAAACUAUUCGAAAGUAAUGGAAGCAGAAAAAUGGAUACAUGAUCAACAUCCUCAAGAGGCGAAUAGUUUAUUAUUUAGUGCUGGUCGAAAACUUUCCAUACCAGCAAGCUUCGGCAAGAAACAUAUAGCUAAGAACCUACGUGUAAAGCCACAAGCGACACCUCAACCACAGUCAAGUGGUGAAAAUAUGCCAUUUGAACUUCAAUCACAGUCAAGUAGUGAAAAUAAUGACCAAACAGAUGACAGAUAUAUAGCUGACAGACGUCAAGUUAAAAUCAAUACAAUAAUUCAAGAAACAGAGGAAAGUCUCAUGCACAAAAUAAAAGAAGCUGUGUAG